AUGCCUGUGCGCAAACGGACAGCUGGCAUGGUCGGGUUGAGCGGGGACACGCCUGCCCGCAAAAAAAGGAUUACAGAGGAGACGGUGGAAGGCAACGCAUCCCUGUUUCUUCCCAUUUCCGACAGAUACGUGAUAGAUACAGCUGCCAAAGUUCCAGAACUUAGUGUGUGUAGUACUGACAGAGGUGCCCACCCAGCCAUCUACACCCACGGUAGACAACUCCUUCGCCGCGGGCUGGUUACCGCGCCUGCAACGUCACCCUCGACACACACGAGCCAUAAUGAAGAGAUUGUUGGCAACAUCUGGCGAUGGGGCCAGCUGAAGUGUGACUCGACCACGCUCGCAAGAUUGCGGUACCCUUCACACAACGAAUUUUCAACUCAGUGCAGAACGAAAUUCCAGCAGGCUGCUCUUGCUAUUAAGUGUGCACUAGUGACCGACCACCUCUCCCUAAUUACCGGUCUUGUUAUCGGCGUAGCGGUAGCGCGGGAGGCUCGUAAAGGUGAAUUCGAGAUCAAGGACAUAGGAGAACCCUCUCGCUUUCUUGGUAGGGCAGCUUCCUGCAAUUACAACAAGAAGAUGAUCCUUGCAGCCUCUUAG